AUGUACUCGAACUCGAACGCCUUCUUGGGCGGCAACAACAAUCAACGGCCAGGCCUACCUCAAUAUGGCGGCUCUUUCAAUACCACGGGACAAGGACAGCCGGGACAGCUGCAACCUGGCCCCUUCGCUCAACCUCCGUUGCAACAACAGUUCACCGGAUAUCCGGGCCAGGCGUCCCAGCAGCAACCUCAAUUCACGGGCUUCCCUGGCCAGGCGCAACCGCAACAGAGCUUCCAGACCGGCGUUCCUCCAAUGCCCGCGGUCCCCUCCCAGUUUCAGCAGCAGUUUGCGCAACAGCAGCAACAACAACAGCAACAGCAGCAGCAGCCGCAGUCGUCCCCGCAACCUACCGUUGGUGCUUUUGCUCCUCCGCAGCCGUCUCAGCCGUCUCAGCCGGUGAAGCCGCAGCCUACGGGAUUCCAACAGAUGGCCGCCUCAUUUCAGACUGGACAGAGUGCGCCUCAAUCCCGGCCGGCGCCGAAGAGAAAGGCGAACAAGAUCCCCAAUGUCCGGCUAUCCUUUAUCAACGCCCAGGACCAGGCCAAGUUUGAGACUUUGUUCAAGUCUGCCGUGGGGGAUGACUCCACUACUAUGUCUGGAGAGAAAGCUAGAGACCUAUUGUUGAGGUCCCGUUUAGAUGGCGACUCUCUCUCUCACAUUUGGACUUUGUCUGAUACCACUCGGUCCGGUCAGCUUCACUUCCCCGAGUUCGCUCUCGCCAUGUACCUUUGCAACUUGAAGCUUACGGGCAAGGGCCUGCCGUCGAGCCUGCCGGAACAUAUCCAGAACGAAGUGUCAAGCAUGGUCGACAUCAUCAACUUCAGCAUCACGGACGAGGCAGGGGCAACUCCGGCGAGCAAUGCGCCUGACCUCACUGGACGGCAGAGCGCUGCGUCUCCUCCUGUCAUCCACCAACCCCAGCCGCAGCCGUCCAACUCCCAAAUCCUGCAGGCGCAGAUGACUGGUUUCCCUGGCCAGCAGCAACAGGGAGGAUUUCUUGGACCCAACCAGUCCCUGCAACCGCAACAGACUGGAUUUCCCACGAUGCAGAACCCCCAGCCCACGGGAUACGCCGGUCCGCGACCCCCCAUGCCCCCGAUGCCGACGGGCAUGGGACAAGCUACUAUGACUGUGCCUCUGAAUGCCCAGCCGACCGGCCGACCUGGUCAAUGGGGCCUCGUGAAUGCCCCGGCAUCCGGUCUCCCUAACAUUGACGCGCUCCACGCAAGAAUGAUGCCGCAGCAGGGCCGCGAACAGCAUACUUACACGACUGCUGGUCUCCAGGGCAAUGCGGUUAUUCCUUGGGCCAUCACAAAGGAGGAGAAGAAGAGAUACGACGACUUGUUCAGGGCCUGGGAUGGCCUCGGCAAGGGCUUCAUCGCCGGUAGCCAGGCAAUUGAGAUCUUCGGACAAAGUGGACUUGAUAAAACCGAUCUCGAGCGCGUUUGGACGCUUUCUGAUAGCGGCAAUAAGGGUCGUCUCGACCUCGACGAGUUCGCCGUGGCCAUGCAUUUGAUCUAUCGCAAGCUCAAUGGCUACCCCAUUCCGAACACCUUGCCCCCCGAGCUCGUGCCGCCGUCGACUAAGAACCUGAACGCCUCCAUCGGCACCAUCAAGUCUAUGCUCAGCCACGAGUCGGACAUGCGCAGCAGGUCGGGCGCCGCCCUCCUGCCCCAGAAGACGGGCGUGAGCUACAUGAAGAGCCGAUCGUUGAGGGACAAUAAUCUUGCCGGCACUGGUCGCAAGGAUGCAACCGUAUUCAAGAACAAUGACGACGAGGUUGGCUACAAGUCCAGCGCCCGGCGACGCCUCGGGAACAGCUCUCCACGUCCCGACUCCCCAGCCUCGGUGGCGUCGUCCACCGAUGAUCUCAGCAUUGAGCAGCUCAAGAAGAAAAUCCGGGAAAAACAGGUCCUUUUGGAUGCCAUGGAUUUCAAUGAUGAGAAGGCCAUCGAGGAGGAGGACAUGCUCGACCGCCGUGACCGACGAGAAGCUGAGGACCUUUACCGUCGCAUCCGACGCAUCCAAGAGGACAUUGACGCGCAUCCGGAUGCUUCUCUUGCCACGGGCGACUCUGACGCCGAGCGACGUGCACUCAAACGUCAGUUGCAGAAGCUGACGGACAGGAUCCCCCAGCUGGCUUCCCAAGUCCGACAGACGGAAAAGGCCAUGCACGAUGCACGCUUGGAGCUUUUCCGACUGAGAGACGCCAAGGCCAACCCGGGCAGUGCGCCUGCCAUCGUCGGCACCGGACCUGGAGGCGCCGUUACCGAGUCUGACAGGAUCAAGGCCAGAGCCAAGGCGAUGAUGCAGCAGCGCACGGCAGCCCUCACCGGGAGGAAGAUCGAAACGCCCUUCGACGACGAGGCCGCGUCGAGGCGGCUCGAGGAAGAAGCCAUCAAGGUCAGGACAGAGAAGGAGACCAACGAGCGCAUGGUCCGUGACGUGGAGGACUCGGUGCGCGACUUCGCGCGCGGUAUUGAAGACAGCCUCAAGGAGGGUGCGGCCGACUCGACCAACGAGCACGAGAAGCGGCGCUGGGAGGACGGCCUGGGCGUCGAGGACGAGGUCCGAGACUUCAUUUUCGACCUUCAGAGGUCGAGCCGCGCCUCCCGCUUGCGGGCGCAGGAUAGACGCAACCCGCGGACGGCGUCACCGGCCGUCGAGGCGUCGCCUAGCGCACCAACGCCUGAUCGGAUCGCCAGUCCUGCGGCGGCGGCGGCGGCGGCGGCGACGCCUUCCUCCCGAACGGCGACUCCUACGGGCGGUUCUUAUUCGUCGUUCAAGACACCCGAGGAGCGCGCCGCUUUUAUCAAGCAGCAAGCCGAGCAGCGCAUGGCGGAACGGCUGGCGGCUCUGGGUAUCAAGGCCCCUUCCAAGUCGGGGGAGACCGUGGCCCAGAGGAUGGAGCGCGAGAGGGCGGAGCGGGCAGCGAAGCUCCGCCAGGCCGAGGAGGAAGAUGCUCGUAGGGAAGCUGAGCGUCAGGCUCGGUUGGCUGAGGAACAAGGCAUCCCGCCUCCCGCCACCGAAACGGCCGAGCCCGCCGCUGCUUCUAAGAAACCUCCCCCUCCGCCGUCAAGGAAGGGAGGGAGGAAUGAGGCGGCCGAAAGGGAGGCGGCAGAGCGGGAGGCGGCUGAACGCGAAGUUGCGCAGAGGGCGCAGGAGGAAGCGGCUGCUGCCAAGAGAGCCGAGGAAGAGCGCUUGGCCAGGGAGCGUGAAGAGCAACAGCGUGCUACGCAGGAGUUAGAGGCCCAAGCCAGAGACCAAGAGGAUGAUCUCUCGAGGGAGAGGAACGCAGCUGCGGCCCGUCUCAAGGCGCUCGAGGACCAGGUCCGGCAGGGCAAACUCAAGAAGGAGGAAGAGAAGCGCCGGAAGAAGGCGGCCAUGGCCGAAGCACGCGAGAAGGAGGCUAAGCUUGCUGCUCAACGGGCCGAAAUCGAGGCGGCGAGGCAGCGCGAGCUGGAGCUCCAACGCCAGCUCGAGGCUCUCGAGGACGAGGACAGCUCGUCCGAUGACGACGAUGGCCCUCAACGGCUCACACCGCAGGCGUCGACGCCCACGCAGGCGGGUAGCCAGAUCGGCAGCCAGGAGCUGGAGAGGAAGCCAGCGUCCCCCCCUCCGGCGCCCGCCUUCCCGGCUCCCCCGACCGUUGUGACCAGCCCUCCGUCGGAUACCGAAAGCAAGAACCCCUAUUUCCGGAUGCUUUCGCAGUCAUCCGAGCCCAACGGUACCAGCGCACCAGCACCGGCACCUGCAUCUGAACCAGCGGCUCCUCCCUCUCCCCCUCCCCCGCCUCCUCAGCCCGAGGCGUCUACGAACCCAUUCCAUCGCAUGACACACGAGGCCAAGACUACGUCAGCAUCAGCGCCAGCCCCUGCGCCUGUCCCUGUCAUCACUGGGCCGGUAUCACGUCGACGACCUGAAGAAGACGACUGGGGUUCCGAGAAGGAGGACGAGGACGAAGACUCCGAUGACGACAGACCGGGCGGCAAUAGCGCUGCGGCGCUGGCAUCCAUCCUCUUCGGAACCAUGGCACCACCUCGGCCUCUGUCGGCGAUGGGCGACAAGUCUGGGUCGACGCCCGCCAGCCCGGCCAACGCGCAGUCGCCCACGUCGCCUCCUCCACCGCCACCCGGGCCGCCGCCCCCACCAGGCCCGACAUCAGCCCCCCCUCCACCCCCUCCCAUGCCUCCGACGGCUGCCCCUGGGGUCCCUCCCCCGCCGCCGCCGGGCCCUCCUCCUAUGCCGGGCGCAGGGGCUUUCCCCCCACCGCCUCCACCACCUGGAGGUGACGCACCGCCUGCCCCUCGACCCUCGGGCGGACCACCUACGGGGUUCCUGGGCGAGAUCCAGCUGGGCAAGGCGCUGAAGAAGACGCAGACGAAGGAUAAGAGCAGGCCGGCCACGGCAGGACGUGUUUUGUAA